AUGGGUGAGAUGACGGAAAGGAAUGGCAGCAAGAGGGAAGAGAAAGGGGAAAUGCUUGGACAGCAAGAGGGGAGAGAUAGAGGAAAGACUUGGACAGCAAGAUGGGUAAGAUGGGGGAAAGGAAUGGGCAGCAAGAUGGGAGAGAUAGGGGAAAGGCUUGGGCAGCAAAAUGGGAGAGAUAGGGGAAGGCUUGGGCAGCAAGAUGGGAGAGAUAGGGAAAAGGCUUGGACAGCAAGAUGGGUGAGAUGGGGGAAAGGAAUGGGCAGCAAGAUGGGAGAUAUAGGGGGAAAGGAAUGGGCAGCAAGAGGGGAGAGAUAG